CACGCGAUAUUUGGCUUUCGGUCUGAGUCCGUGAGCGCGAGUUGAGUUCAGGGUUCAGUCUGCUGGCUCUCUGCCUCUCAGAUGGAGUUUCUCAUCGGCAGCCCGUUUUCGUCUCCUGUCGGACAGCGGAUCCAGAAAGCCACCAGUGCUGCUCUUCAGACGGAGGACUGGAGCCUGAACCUGGAGAUCUGUGACAUCAUCAACGAGACGGAUGACGGACCCAAAGAUGCAGUGAAAGCUUUAAAGAAGAGUAUUGUGGGUAAUAAGAACUUCAGGGAGGUGAUGCUGGCUCUGACCGUUCUUGAGAUGUGCGUGAAGAACUGUGGCCAUCGUUUCCAUGUGUACAUCUGUUCUCUGGAGUUUGUGGAGGGCGUUCUGGUCAGAGCGAUUCUGCCCAAAAACAACCCUCCCAUGAUCCUUCAUGACAGAGUCCUGAGUCUCAUCCAGGCGUGGGCCGAUGCCUUCCGGAACAAUCCGUCUCUGUCUGGAGUGGUGAACGUCUAUGAGGAUCUGCGGCAGAGAGGCCUGGAGUUCCCCAUGACGGAUCUGGACUCUCUCUCGCCCAUCCACACGCCUAACAGGGUAAAGCUCACAGAAUACACAGUGUUAGUUAGUGAUGGUGAUCCACUGGUUGAGCACUCACAUGAGCCAGAACAUAAACUCUGCUCAAAGGUGUUGGAUGGGAUUGAGGUCAGGGCUCUGUGUUCUUCCACACCAAACUCAUCCAACCAUGUCUUUAUGAAAUGCAUCCCGUCUGACCAGAAGCAGGGUAAUGAAAAGGCAAGGUCAGGGGUUAAAGGUCAGAGGUCAAGGGUGUGUGGUUUGAGGUUUGAGGUGGUCUGUGUUUGUGUGUGUGUGUGUGUUCUGACUGCUUUCCUCCAGAAGCGGAAGCUGAGAUCUGAACUGGAUCUGGUCAAAGGAAAUCUGAACAUCAUGACGGAGAUGCUGAAUCACGUCAAACCUGGAGAAAUAUCAGCAUCAGACGCAGAACUGCUGCAGCAGCUGUAUUCGGUGUGUAAGCAGAUGCAGCAGAGGGUCGUGGAGUUGAUUCCCAAUCUAUCGGAGGACGAGAUGAUCGGGGAACUUCUGCUGGUCAAUGAUGAUCUCAACAAUGCGUUCAUCCGCUAUGAGAGGUUUGACAGGUUGAACAUGCAGAGAUCAAACGCAGAAGAACAGCAGGAGUCGCAGACUGGGACAGAAAACCUUAUUGACCUCAGGCCUGAGUCUCCAUCACCCAAUCAGAACACACUCCCAGCUGUCAAUCAACAGGAGCCCCGCCCUGCAUCCCACCGCACAAGCAGCUCAGCGCUUGAAGAUGAAGAGUUUGACAUGUUUGCUCAGACGAGGAGCAGCUCUCUGGCCGAACAGAGGAAGAGUGUGCGGUACGAGGAUCCCGGCGCUGUGGAGGGUCUGGCUGAAGCUCUGGACACGCGUCUGCAGGUCACGGCAGGGGGCUCUGAGAGCGACUGGGUCCGUCAGUCUCAGUGGAUUUACAGCGAGGCUCUGGCUCCAGCUCCACACAGCUCAGCCAUGGAUGAAAUAGAGAGGUGGUUGUCUGCUGAGAUGCCUGAUGUUGAUGACAGUGAGGGUGUGACCAGUGAAGAGUUUGAUCAGUUUUUAGCAGGAAGAGCUCAAGCUGCGGAUCAUCUUCCCUCGAUGAAGAGCAGCUCGUCUGGCGGCGUCAGUCCCUCGAGCCCUCGACAGGCAGCACAGGAGCAGAACCACGAGCAGAUCUUCAAGCUCUGAGAUCCGCAUCACAUGCUCACGCUCAUCGAGUCCAAACAGUGAGGAAGACUCCCACAGUAAUGCCUCAUCUUCAUCUUUAGCUUUCUUUCUAACACUGAAUUUGGCCCUGGAUGUGUGUGAAACUUUGACCACUCAUAAAAAACAACCUGUAUGCUGUUUGUUGCCUGUGUAAGUUAAUUUGUAUUAAUGUGUGUUUUCACGGAGUAUAAAAAGCAUUAAUUUAUGUUGUAAAUUAACCACAAAGAUAAGGACUCUUAUACCUCUGACUGAAUGUCGACAUCAUAUUAAAUACACUAUAAUGUUCA